CGUCUUGCUUAUCCGGUAGUCUGUUUUGCGGUCCGUUUGCCGAACUGUACUCACGUCACGUGCUGUGGCCAUACGAUUUAAAAGGAAAUCACCUUCACCUCGGUGGUUAAGAUGCGGUUGGCCAGCAUGUCAAUUGCAGUUUAACGUGGACUCGUGUACACAAAUUGAUGUUUUGGAUUGCAGUGAUCUUGUUAUUUGCUUCACAUGUAUGUCAUUGCCAGUUUUCGUCGUUUAACUUCGACUCACAUGUAACUAGAGCAGCUAAAACGAUGAUUUGGAUUGCAGCAGUCUUAUUAUUUGCUUCAAAUGAAUGUAACGGAUAUCAGCCCAAGUUUACUGAACCUAUUGGAAACAUCACCGUGCCAGUUGGCCGAGAAGCUAUGUUUACGUGCUACGUUCACAGUUUAGGAGGCUAUCGAGUGGGUUGGGUAAAAGCCGAUACAAAAGCUAUUCAAGCUAUACACGACCAUGUGAUUACACACAAUGCCCGUAUUUCUGUAUCGCACACCGACGAUUCAACGUGGAAUCUGCACAUAAAAAAUGUACAAGAAGAAGACCGCGGGCAGUACAUGUGCCAAAUCAAUACCGACCCCAUGAUAAGUCAGAUGGGUUAUUUGGAUGUGGUAAUUCCUCCGGACAUAAUAUACGAGGAUACUUCCGGCGACAUCAUGGUACCCGAAGGAGGCACAGUAAAGUUGACUUGUAGAGCUAAAGGUUAUCCAAAGCCUCACGUCCUGUGGAGAAGAGAAGACGGGAAAGAUAUCAUAAUCAAAGACGCCAAUGGCGCGAAAACCAGAGUGACUACGUACCAGGGUGAAGUGUUGAGGUUGACCAAAGUCAGCAGAUCAGAAAUGGGAGCAUACCUUUGCAUUGGAUCGAACGGCGUGCCACCGUCAGUCAGUAAACGAAUCAUAGUCAGCGUCCACUUCCAUCCAGUCAUUUCUGCUCCUAGUCAGCUUGUAGGUGCUCCAAAAGGAACUGAAGUAAAGUUGGAGUGUAACAUUGAAGCAUUCCCGAAGUCCAUUAACUAUUGGGUCCGAGAGAGCGGUGACAUGGUAAUCACUAGUGACAAAUACCAAACAACCAACACGAUCAAGUCGAUAUUUGAAGAUCAGAUGAUAUUGACAGUAAAGUUUGUCGAAGCGCAAGAUUUAGGAUCAUUCAGGUGCAUAGCGAAAAACUCACUGGGCGAAGUAGAAAGUAGCAUCAGAUUAUACGAAAUCCCAGGACCUAAGGAAGACGGUGAUGAGUAUGAUGAUAACAUAGGCACGUCAAAUGAAUACGAAGACAUUAUUCCGGAAGUGCGUGAUGAUAACGACUGGGUAAACGACAGCAAUGACCGGAACCGGACAAAACACAAGCAUCAGUCCGACGAUAAUGACGACGCUGCGGCACCGAGUCCAAGUAUAUCAGUUCGUCUUUUGCCGCCAUUAUACUGGACUUUGAAAUAUCUCUGACAAAAAGUUUCCACCUGGUAAGCAACCCGCCCGUUCUUAAAGCCGCCCUUACCAGUUCAAAACGAAUAUUUACCGCGGUUCUUCCAGCAGUGCUGAUCCAAUUAGCAUCUGAUAAUAAUUGUUUUCAGCCAUUUACUAAUAAUUGGUUAAAAUGUAAAUUAUAACUUAAGUAUUUCGAAUACCCCCUCCCCACCCUCGAAAAGUGAAACGGUUGUGCAUUUGAAUAGGUCCCUCUUUUUAAAAACGUUGCAACCGACCAUUAACACUAAUGGGGUUGUUUUCAACGUAGAUCAAAAUAUUACCAGGGUGGCCACAAUAUGUUUUUUCGUUUACCGAAAAUUUAAGAAAAUUUUUGGUUACAACGUUUUUAGAAGGACCCGUUCAUUUGUUAAAUUUCAGGAAGCUUAUUAAAAAUAUCCAUCUAAAAAUUCUAACGAAAGACUGAAAAGUAAUGGUAAUCAGCUAAUUAGGCAACCAAUGAACUAUUAUGGUUAAAUUUGUAAUUAAAAAAAAUGUAUAUAAUUCAAUACCAGUAUUAAGAGGUUGUUUUUAUUUGAGUGUGACACAUGACUCAAGAGACGUAAUUUUUUCAACAACUGAGCGCUUUUUACGCUUUUAACGUGAAACACAUUUUUGUAAAAUAAAUUAUAGAGACUUAAUCUAGAUUUUGACAUGAGCGAGUUUUAAUAAAAUAAAUGUUUUGUGGGAGUUGAGAUUUAUUGUAGAUAACAAAAAGAAAAGAAAACACAACUUAUAAUACUAAUAAUGUUAAUAACAGUAUUUAACUAAGACUAUUAUACAAAGGAACGAUUAAACAUUCAAGUUAACUAAAAUUACACAAUAAUAACACUGUUGACAUCAUCUGUUUACACACAAAUCACAUCACUACUAUUAUUUUAUCUAUAUUCAGUUAAAGAGUAAAAACAUAUCUUACUUCUUAAGUAUAUACGACACAAAUAUAAAUGACUCAUUGUUAAUUUCAACAUUUGUUUUUAUUCGUUUAAAAUAUCAAUAACAAAAGGUUAUUAGCUUAAAACAUUACACACUAAUGGCGAGUAAUAUGUUAAUGACAUUGUAGAUGACAAAAUAUAAAUGGUUUUUAUAGUUGACCUUUUUUGAUAUUAUAUUAAAUAAACUAUCUUAUGUCUGCAAGUAUUUUUUUUUAUAUAUGUUCUUCGAAUGGACCUAAGGCUUCAGUAAUGUUAUCUGGGCUUUUAAGUUGGCUCUUAUGUCAAUAUGACGAUGACAGUGAGUUCAAAUAUUUUUAAAUGUGAAUAUUUCCCCACACGUUCUGCAUAUUUCAGUCUUAGGUAUUUUGUUUUAUAAGAAAAUGGAAUUUUACCGGAUCUCUUCAUUUGAUCUCUCAAAGUUUGUUCUCAGUUAUCAAUAAAAAUGUUUAAUAGAAAUGUGUGAAAUGUAGUAAUGUCCUCUUACUGAAUUGCUGAUAACUUUAUCGAAAACCACCAUGUGAAAAUCUAGAUCAAGUUGUAAUCUCUAAUGUGGCGUCCUCUUACUCAUAUAUAAUAUAAUAAUAUAAAACUGUAGCUAAUUUUUAGUCAGUUGAGUUUCAAGUUAAGUUUAAAGAUUGAUAUUACGUUUUAUGAACUAUAAUAUGCAGGUUGUAAAUAACAGUAUUCAUUGAUCAACUUAUUCACUAUUUUUUAAUGGUCUACCAUAUCAGUACAUGAACAGUAAAGCUGUUAUAAUAACAACAACACCGUUCGUCUAGUAAUUAUAUUUUUUAAGACACUUCUUUUAAAAAAUAUAAUAUUACCCCAAGCGUAGCGUUUCCAACGACGGUGAUGUUUGGAUAAAUAUAGCAAUAGAUAUUAUUAUCAUAAUUCCAAUAUUAUUAUAUUCGUGGCUAUACAAUAAUAGUUGGUAUAUUCUUUGUAAUUAUUUGUUUUGUAUGCUGAUUAAAUAAUAUUGUUAGGACAAUAUAAUAUAGUUAAGUAUGUUCAAGCAUGAUAUUAUUCGU